UUCCAGGGUAUAUUGACUAUAAUAAAUUCAUUUAUCCUUUUAAUAUGAAAAUGACUCCUGAAAACUUGCCAAUGGGAAUAUUCCUCUUCUCCCAGAUUACAGUGGGAAUGCUUGGCAAUUCCUCAAUACUAUUUUAUUAUGUCAUUUUGAUAUUCACUGGGAAGCAUUUAAUGCCCAAAGACCUGAUUAUAGAGCACUUGACUUUAUCCAACUGCUUGUCCAUCAUCUCAAAAGGCAUUCCACAGACACUGUCGGAUUUUGGACUUAAAGACUUCCUGGAUGAUAUUGGAUGCAAAGUGAUAAUGUAUAUUUACCGAAUAACAAGGGGGAUGUCAGUUUAUGCAAUGUGCCUAUUGAGUUGCUUCCAAGCAAUCACAAUCAGCCCCAGCAACUCCAGGAGGAUGAUGCUUAAACACAGAGCCAUCAAGUACAUUGGUUCCUCCUGCUCAGUCAGUUGGCUUGUGCAUUUGCUUCUAAACAUCAUGACUCCAGUAAAAGUGACAGUCCCCACUUACAGCAAAAAUAUGACAAGCAUGAAUAGUUAUGGGUACUGCUCAUGGUAUGCUCCCAGCAAUCUGACAACUGCACUAUAUAUGUUCUUAUUGUGCUUCUGUGAUGCCCUAUGUCUGUGUCUCAUGGCCUGCUCAAGUGCCUCUAUGGUGAGUAUCCUCUACAGGCAUAAGAGACAAGUCAAGCAUAUCCAUAGUGCUCAACACUUUCUGAAAGUCUCUCCUGAGGACAGAGCCACCCAAACUAUUCUUAUCCUGGUGUGCACAUUUAUCAUCUCUUAUACAAUCUCUUCUAUACGCAUAAUCUUUACAACCUAUUCCAAAGCUUCAGUGGUUUGGCGAGUAAGUGUAUUUAUAUUUCUAGAAAUAUGCUUUCCCAUAUUUUGUCCCUUUAUUCUCAUCAGCAAUAUCAAGUAUAAUUUUCGAUUGUUUUUACCCUUCUGUGGUAAGAGAUAG